AUGUAUCGAGAGCUCUCCAAUCAACCUCAUCAGCAUUCACGCGCUGCAAGUUCUGUUACCCUACACAGCCUACAGCACGACCCUCUGGCAGGCCAGAGAUCACAUUCAGCACAAUCUAGUUUCACUAAUCCAAAUGAGCUGCAGAUUCCGUGUCUGCCAUCGCCUUCUACAGAUGACAAUCCUUCAAUAUCACAAUGUCAUGGAUUCCCGGGGCAGCCUAAUCAACCUGAGGUCGCUAUACAUAUCACUCCGGUUGAUGACCAAGUCAACGAGGUACUCUUGAAGGGUUCUUAUGCUCAGAGCACUUCACCGAAGUCAACGCCAUCAAGGUCCCCUACUGGAGAUUCGAAGGAGACCGAAGUUAUCUCAGUCCCGUCCGCAACGGCGAUACACAAAGAACAUGCUCGUGGGGUCUGGGCUCACGAGAGGGACAUGGUGAGGAGAUGGAAGGACGAAAUUGAUUCACAACUGUUGAUGGUGGGCACGCUCACGGCCGGCCUUUUCUCUACGGUCAUUACCGCCUUCAAUGUCGAAUAUUACCGCACGCUCAAGCCUUCCGCCGACAUCUCCGAUGUCAUCCAACAACUAUCGGAACAGAUGAGCAAUUUCACAUCCAAUUCGACCGAAGCCUCGACCGCUGCUCAGUCAAUCCAGAAAGCGCCUACAUUAUCUGCAACCUGCAUCAACGCGUUCUGGUUCUCCUCGCUCGUGCUCACCCUUGCGACAGGCUCCAUCGGUAUCCUCGUCAAGCAGUGGCUAAACAACUACACUGACCACAUCCCUGCGUUGCCGAACAAGAGCGUACUUACCUGGCAUGAGCGCUCCACGGGCCUUGCUAAGUGGCGCGUCGGCCGUAUCAUCGCCAUCCUUCCCGUGCUCCUGCAGAUCGCAAUCGCGCUCUUCCUCGUCGGACUCGUGCAGCUAUUGUGGACGCUGAGCGCCGCCGUGUUCGGCAUUGUGUUCGCGCUCGUUGCCGCGCUCCUCCUGUUCUCCAUUUCCUCCGCUGUCAUCCCAUCCAUCAUGUCUGAUUGCCCGUAUCGAUCGCCGCAGGCGUGGCUAUUGUUUGCUCUUGUGCGGCGGCCGUUCAUGUCGGAGCGUCCCACGGGAUGGGGAGAUCUCGAAGACUUGAGACUACAGUGUGCCGAGGACGAUAAUAGGUACACGAAGGCGUUGCAUAAUGCUCGGGAGGUCAUAUCAAGCACGACAGUCUUGUCCGCGACUAAUACCAUCAGCACCUAG